AUGUCCUUCUCCCAGGGCCAUAGGUCGGACCGUGGCCAACAAGGCCCCCGGUCGUUUGCCAACACCAGCGUGGAGGAGCAUGCUACUUCGCCUGCUCUCACUCCAGGCUCAGAUGUGUCUGACACUUUAAGACCAACCUAUACCACCGCCGGCACCCUUUACAAUCCCGGUACUGCUGCCCCCAUUCAAGCUCCUAUCAGGAAAGGACGAAAUAACCGCUGGCAGUCCUCGCACGUGUCUGAAUUGGCCGGCCUGCCUAAGUCCAUUCUCGCCAAUCUUCCCCUGAACAUGCACAGGACCAGGUCUCCUGCAACGACCGCCUCCAGCCUCAAGCAUUACGCGCCGCUCCAACAGAACUACGAUCGUGCAAUGACGCCACCAACAAAGGAGGAUAUUUAUUUUGAGUCUGGAGACAUGGACACAGCCGCUUCAUCGGUACUCUCUUCAAUACCUCUUGACCACGAUCGACUUUUGCAGCCCCGUUUGUCUGCCAUAAAUACCACCGACACCUCCAGGGCUAUAUCUCAGAACAGCAGCAAGGAAGAAAGCGAGGAUAGUGAAUGCAUGGUAGAUGCUGCCGCCGAUGCUCUGGCUGCUCGUCUGAACUUCAAAAGUCUCACUAGUCUAGCUUCUUAUGAUAACCCUUCUCAGCAAAUUGCCAAGCGUGCUUUGGCACGGGGCAGAAGUUCACUCAAGUACCCCGAAUUGCCUAUGCAUGGGACGGCAAACACUUCUCUACAGUCUCAAAGCUUUCGGGAGCAAGAAAGGCAAAAACCUACCAGUCUGUCACAGUCGUGUUCGUCGGCCACCCAGGCCGAUCGACAGUUUGCCGGCUUUACAAACAACCCGAAGGCGCUGUGGCCCGUAAGCGAAUCGUUUUUGAAUCAGAAUCUAUCACAGCUUUCAUUGAAUCGGGGGCCCAAGGCUCUUGUCUCAGCCAUUGAUACAGCAUAUCCAUCCGCUCUCUCCACCGGCCCCGGCGCUCCCCUUCCUCUUACAGCAGGCCCUCCAGGACUUCGUCAGUACCGACCGUCCUCCUUUGAGGUAAAUGCACCUGCAGCUAGCAGUGUAUCUAAGCUGCCAAGCCGAAUCUACGAUACCGAGAACGGACGGCGGAAGCGAAAUAAAUCGCCUCACUGGACUCUUCGCGGAGCUCAGCAAGAUCUUAACUCUGGCUCCUACAUGAAUGAGAGCUCCCUGACUGAUCAACUUGAUUCCGAGCCCGCAACAGCAGACCGUCUAGAGCCAGCAAACUCAGAUUUUGGCUUGCCGGAUAUACCUGCUAGGACUUCACUGGCAAGCUCUCUGGUCUACGAGACCGAAUCUCCCAGCAAGAUUGGCCAGUAUUAUCCCGAUCAGCUUCCCCCAGACUACACACCUAGCAAGAAGUCAGAUUUCCAAACAAGCGACUGGGAGGCAGAGUGUAUGGCACGCCGUCGGUGCCCAGGCCGCAGAACCGCAGAGCAACUCGCACGACAUCAAAGAAAGGUCGACGAAUCUUGGUACGCCGGUAUUUCACGUAUUCAUCAGACUAUGGACGACGCUAUAGCGCAGAUGCAGACAAGACAACUUCUACAUACCAUUGGACGUCCAGAGCAUGCCGAUGUCUUCAGCAUGAGCGGGUCUACUCUGGAUCAUCCGAAAGGACGUGAGCUCUCGUUGCAAGACGUCAUCAACACGGAUCGUUGGAGGCAUGCUGAACCACUCCUCAACAUGGCCUUUUCAACGCUUUUAAGCUAUGUCGACGAGUGCGGACCCAACAGACAGCGGUCUCCCUUUGUGGAAUAUCGCGAAUGGCGUGACAUGAAGACUGCCGAAAGACAUCGGGCUUGGUCGACAGAAAACUUAGAGUGGUAG